GAGAUAAAGAGCCUGGGCUCGGGAUCGGAUUGCCCUGCAGGAUAAAUGGGGUCUUUUAAGGUGGAAUAAUAUCUCCUGUCGUUCAACUGUCUGUGGCCCUCGUAGAGAUACUGUUCCCUGUCCAUAAUGACCACUGCACUCCCCUUAUCUGCUGGUUUUAUGAUUAUGUUUUUAUUUUUUCUCAAUUCUGUGAGAGCUCUGUUUUCACCCUGGGUCAAAUUGGUUUUGGGUCUUGUGAGGUGGAAGUUGUUGUCGAAAUAAUUAAAGUCUGCUUUAAUCAAUUCUGUGAUCUCUGGUGGUAAUUUGGCUAAGGGGGGGCUCCAUUCUGAUUUGUUGGUAAAGGGGGUAAUGCUCGUGUCCCUAUUAUGUUGGAAAUAAGCUUUCAAUUUGAGUCUCCUAUGAUAUUGUUGCAAGUCCCAUCUGCUGCGUUCCAGCUCGUCUUUCUGACUCCCUACGGUCGGGAUGAAGGAAAGGCCUCUAUUUAGGAGUGUGAGCUGCGGGCCGGUGAGUUUGAAUUUUUGUGUCAAAACUAAAACAUUUCUUGACCCCUCCUGACUGUGCAGGCUUAUGGGGACAUGCAUUUUACAUAUGAGCUCCAGUGCUCAAGCAUUGACCUGGCUGUUUGUGUGCUCCAGUGUAUGUUAUCUUUGUUUGUAGAAAACAACUUGGAGUCCAGCUUCGGAAUGAUGAGGCAUCGCUGCUGCAUCUUGUUAUUGAGGUCUGCAGAUGGUGGACUCUGGCGUGGUGGGCUUUGCGACCGGUCUGGGCCGCAGCGUGAGCCUUCUCUGGGUCGCUCUCCUAAGGCUCCUCAACUUGGCCGGAGUGGCCUGGGUUGGGGGGACGACCUCAGGGCUUCCCUGAGCAGGAUCCAGGCCCUCCUCCUCCGAGAGGACUGUGAUCGAGUCCGACAUGUGAGCCACUAUCGGACUCGGUGUGGCAGCCGUCGGCACAGGAGCAUCCAGGACCGCAGGAGAAACCUCAGGAGGUGGAGGUGGUGGUGGAGGUGGGGGGGGCCCGCCAUCCGGGCCUGUCCCAUCCUCCUCCUCCGUAGUCGGGUCGAGAUGGCCAGCCAUGAGGGCCUCAACAUGCUCCAGGGUCUCCGACUGGAGCCGUUUGCCCAAGUUACGCUUGGCCCAGACAGUGGCGAUCUGGAAGGGCUCCCGCCACUCUCCCUCCCCCAGCCCACGCAAGGCAUCCAACCCCAUCUCCAUGGAGUCUGUGUAAUGGUCCCUUAAGAUCAUCAUGGUGGUUUUCCCUCCCUCUUCUCCCUCCGUGUGUUUAUCCCUGUCCUCUGUGUUGUGUGGUUCUCCCUCCGUGUGUUUAUCCCUGUCCUUUGUGUUGUGUAGUUCUCCUUCCGUGUGUUUGUCCCCGUCCUGUGUGUGGUGUAGUGUGUGUUUCUGUUGAUGAUGUUCCCCGGGUAGUGUUUGGUGGGGGCCCUACGGCCCCCUGGUACGAAAAAUUGUGGCCUAUAGCCAUGUUCCACGUAGUGGUGGUGUUGAGGGUAGCUGCCCUGGCGUCCGCGGCCUCUCACCACGGACGCAUAAG